ACCACAGGGGGAGGGGGCGUGGCUCGGAGUGGGCGUGUCCCGCCGAGGGGGCGUGGCUAACGGGAGGCGUGGCCUCGCGGCGGAAGCGGCGCGGGACGCGCGAGCAUGUCCUCGGUUCGCCCCGCGGCUCCGUCCCCGCCUCCGGGGGGGCUCCCGGGACCGCCCCCCCCCUCCCGCCGCCGCCGCCACCACCGGGGCGCGGCCGCACCGGGACCCCCCCCGGGCUCCCCCCCCGCCGGUGCUCCCGGUAGCAACGACGUGUUCGUGACGUCGCGCUCGGACUUCCGCGCGCAGCUGCGGCGCUGCCAGCGGCUCCUGGCCCCGGGCGGGGGUCCCGGUGGUCCCGGGGGCGCUCCCGGUGCUCCCGGUGGUCCCGGGGAGCUGCGGCUGCACGGGCUCGGGCUCGCCGUGCCCCGCACCAUCAAUCUGGCGCUGCAGCUGCAGGCGGGCGCGGGCGGGACCCUCCGGCUCCACGCCAGCACCUCCUCCGUGCCCCUCCGCGCCCCCCGCGCCCGCCGCCGCCACACCGGCGACACCGGCGACAGCGGCGACACCGGCGGCGAGGACGGCGACACCCCCCGGCACAACUCCGCCAUCCACAUCCGCCUCUGCCGGGAGGCGCCCUGCGCCUGACGGGGUCCGGGGGGCUCCGGGGGUGUCCCGGGGGUGUCCCCGGUCACCGGGACCCACCGGGGGUGUUGGGGACACCCCGGGGCACCGGAGAUGGCACCGGGAAGGGGUUUGAGGGACAGCUCGGGGACACCGUGAGCGGGGGACGGCACGGACGGGGACACGGCGGUGUGAGGACACCGAGCUGCCACCGACGGGGGCACCGAUGUCACCAUGGGGUGCUCGGUGUCACCCUGGGGUGCUCGGUGUCACCGUGAGCCCCUCGGUGUCACCAUGAGCCCCUCAAUGUCACCGUGAGACCCUCGGUGUCACCCCGAGCCCCUCAAUGUCACCCUGGGGCACUCGGUGUCACCCUGGGGUGCUCGGUGUCCCCAUGAACCCCUCGGUGUCACCAUGAGCCCCUCGGUGUCACCGUGAGCCCCUCAAUGCCACCGCCAACCCCUCAAUGUCACUCUGAGCCCCUCAUUGUCACCCCCAUCCCCUCAAUGUCACCCCAACCCCUCAAUGUCACCCCGAGCCCCUCGAUGUCACCCCAGCCCCCCCUCCAGCAGCCCCGGGGACUUUGGGGGUGACACGGGGACUUUGGGGAGUGUCACCCCAAUAAAUUCAGCGCCAAUGA